AUGAUAUUGGAGUGUGUGGAAGAAGAUUUUGGUAAAGAUGUGAUGAGUGAUAUGGAAUGUGCGAUUUAUGAGCAUCAUGAGUGCAAAGGAACAGGUUUGUUUGAGCUUUCGUGCCUAAUGGAUGCAUGCGAUGAUGACGAGAUAUGCAGAGUUUAUAUGCGAUGCAUGAAUAAUAUUAAAAGGCCAAUCAGUCCAGAUAUGUGUAUUGACCCAAGACACUUCUAUGAAGGAAAGAGCGAGACAUGUGCAAAUGAGAAUAAGAUACGUAAUGAACAACAUGAGAUGAACGAUAUGAAUGGUAUAAAGAUCGAUGUACGAAUAAAACCAUCAUUUUCUUAUGCACAAAUAAUAACACAGGCAAUAUUAACUAGUGAACAUGGUAAGCUUACGCUGAAUGAGAUAUAUCAAUGGAUUGAGAAUUCUUUUGAGUAUUACAAGUAUGCAAAUCCUGUGUGGAAAAACUCGAUCAGGCACAAUUUGUCACUGAACAAAUGCUUCAAGAAGGUUCCUAGAGAUCCUGGUGCACGAGGAAAAGGAGGUAGAUGGGCACUUAACCAGGAAGUUCUCACAAAUGAAGACACAAUCAAGAAGAAAAAGAUGUCUAAAUGCGAUGAUGUGAUUGACAAUACGAGUCAUACAUUGUGUAAAGAUUACAGCGAUCCUGAAUAUGGCUUUUCAGAUGAGCAGGAUGAUGAAGCCAAUCAUGUUUUUGAAAGAAUGACGCCUGAGGAUUUGAUGAGGCAAAUGAAUAAAUUGAUUGCGCCUAGUAUUGGCUCAGGCAAAAGUGUAAAAUAA